AUGGCGCGCAACGCAGAGAGGGCCAACGCAGUUCUUAACAAAUGGCUGGCCGUCAAAAAUGCUGUCCUCAAAGGGGGGCAGCAGCGAAUGGCUUUGGGGCCCUGCAUUCCCGAGGAAUGCGACGACUUGGACAGAGCCACGCAGUG